UGAAGAGUGAAAGCCAACCAUGGAUGAAUAGCUGGCGCGCGGCAGUGUAGUGACGACGGAGAGAAAUAUAUGUAUCUAUGAAAUCAUCAUCUUCUUCCUUCAAUUACACAACCCUCUUCUCCAUCUGAAACCGUCUUACAUCCCGUUCUUUACACGCUAACAGAUCAUCUCAUCUCAAAAAGCAAAAAAAAGAAUCUGCUUUUUGUUGUUAUGGUUCUUCAUUAGCUAGAACAAGUUGAUUUGGGAGGAGGGUUUCAAUCGAGUUAACAUGGGUUGUUGUCAAUCAUCGCUUAUUACAAAUUCCUCAUCAGACAAGGAUAAUCAUUCCAAACCUUCAAACGUUAAUCCAUCCGCCGUCGAUGACACAUGCGGAGCUCCAGUCUUUUCCGAGUUCUCUCUAGCUGAUCUUAAAUCCGCCACCAACAACUUCAGCUCCGAUUUCAUCGUAUCCGAGAGCGGAGAGAAAGCUCUGAAUGUUGUCUACAAAGGCCGUCUACAGAAUCGGAGGUGUAUCGCUGUUAAGAAAUUCACUAAAGUUGCCUGGCCUGAUCCGAAGCAGUUUGCGGAUGAAGCUUGGGGCGUUGGAAAGCUGAGGCAUCGGAGGCUGGCUAAUUUGAUUGGAUAUUGCUGUGAUGCUGAUGAGAGACUACUUGUUGCUGAGUACAUGCCGAAUGACACUUUGGCUAAACAUUUAUUCCAUUGGGAGAACCAAACACUUGAAUGGGCUAUGCGUUUGAGAGUUGCUCUUUACAUUGCUGAAGCAUUAGAUUAUUGUAGAAAUGAAAAUCGUCCUCUUUACCAUGACUUGAAUGCUUACAGGGUUCUUCUCGAUGAGAAUGGUGAUCCUCGGCUUUCAUGUUUUGGAUUAAUGAAGAACAGCAUGGAUGGGAAAAGUUAUAGCACGAAUUUGGCAUAUAUUCCACCUGAGUAUUUGAAAAAUGGUAGGGUCACUCCAGAAAGCAUUAUGUUCAGCUUUGGGACAGUCCUUUUGGAUCUUCUUAGUGGGAGGCACAUUCCACCCAGUCAUGCUCUCGAUAUGAUACGUGGUAAGAACAUUGUCUUAUUGAUGGACUCACACUUGGAGGGAAACUUUUCAACAGAUGAGGCUACUAUAGUUUUUGAUCUAGCAUCAAGAUGCUUACAAUCUGAUCCUACAGAUAGGCCAAGCAGCACAGAUAUUAUUAAUACACUUGCCCCAUUGCAGAAUAAAUCUGAAGUUCCAUCUAAUGUGAUGCUGGGUAUUCCCGUGUACGAAGAACCGCCUCCAACUCCUAAACAACACCCCCUUUCUCCGAUGGGCGAUGCUUGUUCGAGAAUGGACCUUACAGCCAUUCAUCAAAUUCUUGUGAUGACUCAUUAUAAAGAUGAUGAAGGAACUAAUGAACUAUCAUUUCAAGAGUGGACACAACAAAUGAAGGAUAUUCUGGAGGCAAGGAAACGUGGUGACUUGGCAUUUCGCGACAAGGACUUUAAGACUGCGAUCGAUUGUUAUUCUCAGUUUAUUGAAGUGGGUACUAUGGUUUCACCAACUGUAUAUGGAAGGAGGAGUCUUUGCUAUCUUUUAUGCGAUCAACCAGAUGAGGCAUUACGAGAUGCAAUGCAAGCACAAUGUGUGUAUCCAGAUUGGUCAACAGCGUUUUAUAUGCAAUCUGUGGCUUUGGCGAAACUUGAUAUGCAUAAAGAUGCAGCUGACAUGUUGAAUGAUGCUGCUGUUCUAGAGGAGAAGAAACUGAAGGGGGGUCGUAAGUAAAAGAUUGAAAGUCACAAUAAGGAAAACUAAGAUCAUAUAAUUUAUAUAUAGCCAAUAUAGUUGAAGCAAAAUUGUUGUAUGAUUCUUUGGUUUCGAUGAAUGGUUUGGUUAGUUUAACUUUAUGAUUUGUACAUUUGUAUAUGAAACUUGGGGCUUAAAAAGGAGUUUAUUUGAAAACUGGAAUUUUUAUUGCAAGGGAUUGGAAAAAUAAUCAAGUGAUUUUGUUUUGUUAAAAGGUUUAUCUUUUAUUUUAGAUUGAGUAGUUUUCUCUA